CAUUGUGUCUCAGCUGUUGUGAAGAAACCUUCCCAGUUGAUAACAUGGAGUCAGUAGACACUUAUCAAAAUGUUCAAGAUAUACUCCUUCAUCAACAAAGAGAAGACAGAGUACAGAGCGAAACGUUGAAGCCAGACCAUCGUGUUCCACCAGCGGUGUCUGUCCGUGUAAGGCUCUGGCCCUGGAUCAUCUGCAGUUUCCUGGGCUGCUUCAUCCUGUUAUCUGCGGGGGCUUUCAGAAUCGCUGUUAUAUUGAGGACAGAGACUGCAGACGCUGAUUUCCGGAAGGAACUUUCCCAGUGGAAGAGUAAUGUGACACAAAUGAUGAGUGAAAUAACGGCAGGAUCCGCUGGUCUCCAGAUAGAAUUUUUGCAAUGGAAGAGUAAAGUUGCAGGAUACUCUGACAAUACCCUCAUCUCAAUCGCCGAACUUCAGGCUGAGACUUCACGGCUGAGCAAUAUGACAAAGGUGGUAAGUGAAACAAAGGCGGAAGUUGCUGGCCUCCGAAUGGAACUUCUCCAUCUGCAGAGUAAUGUGACACAGAUGGUGAGUGAAUCAAAGGCGGAAGCUGCUGUCCUCCAGAGGGAACUUUCCCAUUGGCAGAGAAAUGUGACACAGAUGGUGAGCGAAAUAAAGGAGGAAGCUGCUGGCCUCUGGAUGCAACUUUCCCAGUGUAACAGUAACGUAACGCAGAUGGUGAGUGAAGGACAGGUGGAAGCUGUUGGCCUACUUUCCCAGUGGAAGAGUAAUGUGACGCAGAUGUUGAGUGACGGAAGAGCGGAAGCUGCUGGUCUACAUAUGGAACUUUCCAAGUUGAAGAGUAAUGUUACAGGAAAUUCUGAGAAGACCCUCAACUCAAUCGCCAAAUUUCAGGCUGAGAUUUCACGGCUAAGCAAGAAUCCACGUCCUUGUCCAGAACAAUGGACUCGGUUCAAGAAAAACUGUUACCAGUUUUCCUCAAGAACAAAGACAUGGGUGGAUGCCCAGAAAUCCUGUGCGUCAGAGGAUGCCCAUCUUGUUGUCAUUAACAAUGUAGAGGAACAGGGGUUUCUCAGGAAACAGAUUCAAAACCAAUAUCACUGGAUUGGCCUCAGUGAUUCGGUUUCUGAAGGUGACUGGCGAUGGGUGGACGGAACAGAUUACGUUUCCUCUGUAAAAUUUUGGAGAAACGGAGAACCAAAUAAUUUAAAGAAUGAAGACUGUGGACAGAUGCUCCGUGAUGGGAAUUGGAAUGAUAUGCCUUGUCAGGAAAGUCAUCAGUGGAUCUGUGAGAAGCCAGGAGAGUGACGUCCAGUUUCAUGCAGAGUGCGAAGCGAGAAGUGGAUUAGUGGAUUGAUAUGCAAAUAUAUCAUACAAGUUUUCCAGACAAGUGGUGGGGUGGCACUGCAACUGCUCUAAAUCUCACUAGACCCAUUCAGCUUUGUUCUUUUCUACUAACCAAGCAGUGCAAAGACACACAUUGGGAAAAUGCCUCUCACCGUGGGCACCCAGAUACCCUUUUCCAUAUGUUGCAAUCUGUCAGUGCAGUGUGUGUUCACCCGUGAUUUUGCUCCCUCGAAUAUCUGCAACUGUAGUGUUUUGUUUUAAACCAAGCUGCCUGGAAGUAUGGGUGAGAUGUGGCUGGAGCUGCAGUGUGUCACUAUAGCAGUGCUAUUCAGAACCCAUGAUCAGUGUCGCCCUUUUCUGAGGAAUGGAAUGGUCGCUUUACAGUCCACCAUUCCAUUGGAAAACAAGACAAUGACGGAAGGGAUAAAAAGGAACGGGGUUACAAUUAAAUCAAAAUCCUAUUUUCUUUCCUUGUCCUGCAAUGUUUUGGUAAGCUACCACUCCCAAUGAUUUCUCGAUCCGUUCCAUAUCUGUUCCCCACCCCCACCCCCCACCACCACCUGCUUUUAAGAGACAGCCUGGACCGCGGGAUAGGUUUCUGACUGUAAAUUUUAUAAUCCGGCGAAGACAGCUUCUCUCUUUCAUCUUG